AUGCCAAUGGCCUACGAAGCGUUAUGGCACGAGUACAUGCAGAUGCCCGUGGUGACGCGGGCUUACACGACAGCCUGUGUCAUCACGACCCUCGCCGUGCAAUUAGACUUGGUAUCCCCGUUUCAACUGUAUUUCAAUCCUAUUCUCAUUGUGGAGCAGUACCAGAUAUGGCGAUUGAUAACAACAUUCCUGUUCUUCGGAAAUGUUGGGUUCAACCUAUUAUUCAAUAUGAUCUUCACAUAUCGAUAUUGCCGCAUGUUGGAGGAAGGGUCUUUCCGCAGGAGAACAGCUGAUUUUGUGAUGAUGUUCAUCUUCGGCGGAAUAUGCAUGAUCAGUUUUGCAUUCUUCGUCAAUUUGCUGUUCCUGGGGCAUGCAUUCACGAUAAUGCUGGUGUACGUGUGGUCACGACGAAAUCCUUUUGUUAGGAUGAACUUCUUCGGACUUUUGAACUUCCAAGCUCCGUAUUUACCGUGGGUGCUGUUAGGCUUCUCUGUACUGCUUGGCAAUACGAUAUGGGUCGAUCUUGUAGGAAUGGCUGUAGGGCAUAUUUACUAUUUUGCGGAGGAUGUAUUUCCCCGGUUAAGAGGCGGUUUCCGAAUUCUGAAAACCCCGCAAAUACUUAAGACUUUGUUUGACGCACAUCCUGAGGAUCCAGAUUAUACGCCACCGCCGGAAGAUCGGCCGGGCGGCUUUAAUUGGGGACAGGAAGCCAACGUGCAAUAAUCGAAAAAUUCAGCAUUCUCUUCCUAAUGCUGUUUCUUAUGUCAAAUUGCCCAAGGACAUUGCGGAAACGCGCGUGUCCAUUGUCCCUUUAGAAUAAUCCACAAUUUAGUGCCCGGAUUUGUAUGCAAAGAUGUAUAAUGAGACACGUAAAGUAUAAUGUACAGAGUGUAUAAGAGACCGAUCGAUUCUGUUUUAUUAAAGAUCUUCCAAAAUGUCUAAAGCUUAUUUUUUUAAGCGAAAAUUCGGACCAUCUAAUUAAAGAUGAUAUCAAAGGCGAUUGAUGAUUAGCCUGUAAUAAUAAUCAAAUUGUCGUCAAGAAAAAGCCAACUUUGAACUUUUCAAAGAAUUUGUAGACAAGAGAAAGCACGCGCGAGUACUUAUACACUCUGCAUAUAAACGAAAAAACUACGCGCUUAACAUCAGAAAUCCUGUUAUUGAUUUCCUUAAAUUCCACUUGCACAUUUAUGUGUUUUUUUUAUGCUCAUUUUUGCGUACAGAAUCCGGUUUCUAUUGAUAAUAACUGGAAGCCAAGCGUUGCGCUUCUAGCACUAUCAGAAAAUAUGGAUUAAAUUGCUUUAUUUAAAGUACAAGGCAUUGCGAAUGUAUAUUUUGUUUUUCAAACACACAAUGAUUUUCCAACAAGUUUGAAAUGAGUUUAAAAUUGUAAAAAAAUUAGUAAUUUUAGUUGGUAUUAGGUAAUAUUAGUGUAAGCUGUUUAUAUACGCGAUUCUACUGUCGUAUAUAAUAGCUUAUUUCAUCCUAAAUAUAUUGUAGCGAGUAAAAAGUUUUAGUAAUAAGAUUAUUAAAAUUUUCGCAGAUUUAUAUCUGCGGACUUCAGAAUCAUCCGAUUCGAUAGAAAUAGCAUUUUUAUGCACGCGAGUGUAACUGAAUUGGCAUUCCGAGGGUUAAACCCGUUUGUGGUGAACUUCCGGUUCAGCACGGGGGUUGUAAUUUUUCACUCGCAAAUUAAUUAAAUUUAAUGUAUCGAGAAUGUCACUUUUGUAAGAUAUUUGCGAUCGGUGGUAAUUUUGUGAUACACUAACCGUGCUCAUUGUUCUUGCAAAUAUCGAUGAGAGAGAGAGAGAGAGAGAGAGAAUGCCAUUGUGCAAGGGAGACUAUUUUAAAGUGUACUAAAGCAUUUAUUUAUAUUUAUUAUCGUAGCGAAGUGUAAUCUAGGCAACAUCUACAAAGUACAAAUCGUUAAAUAUAAACUAAAGAAAUAAUAUAUAUAUACAUACACUUCC